UUGAUGUUAAAUUAUGAAACAGUUAUAAUCAAAAACACUAAAACAGACAUCUGAAAUGGGAAAUAGAUAAAACAGGACAAAAGGUCCAUUCAGCUGCUGGUUUGGUCCAGGAAUUCUGUCGGUCAGACUUGCUUUCACACAGAGCUUUGAAGGGGUCAAAGCGCUGAGCAAAAUUUGACCUCAAAAUGUGGCCUUCUAGUUUUCCUGAUAGGGAGGAGGGAUAGUAGCAGACCGACUCACUGAGGACAAUAUGUCAGGACAUGGAUGUUUCAUGUGCCCAGCCUGGUGACAUAGGAAACACCUUGGUAGAGGUGCUUUUGUUGCUUCAUAGGAGGGAACAGUGGUCAGGAUCCGAACAGGACAGCUCCAACCACAAUCAGAAUGAAUAACAUGUGCAAGCACUGAACUUGGAUUAGACUCAGGAAAACAUUCAGAAACAGUUUCACUGACAAAUAUAAUCCUUUAGAUUAAAAAAAAAAAGAAAGAAAAACAACAAAGAAACGGUAGACGUUUAGCUCUGGGAAGUGUGCAGUCUACUGCACACUUCCCAGUAGACUGGGACUUCUAAGUCAGUGCAUGAGUAUGUGAUGUCACUGAAGUGUUGUUUGAGAAUAGCAUAAAUUGCUUCAGGCUGCUUUUCAACACUGAGCUGCAUAUGUCUAUUUUCACUACAGCUCUGGCUCUUCCUCACCAGGCUGAUCUGUAAUAUUAACAUUCUUCUUUUUCAAAUACAUUGACAUCAGCUUGACCCAUUCAAGAACAGAGCAUUUGUCAGUAACUUAAAAUAGUUUUUUUUUUGGCAUCACCAUGGUGAGUUGUGUGAGGUCUAUUGCAGUGCCACAAAUUUAGUGCACAUUGUAUUCUCUGCACUGGUUAGUUUAUCUGCCUGUAACCUUUCUGUGACUGAAUUUUCUAUCUUUCUACAGGGGAAGAGGUCUGAGGAGUUUGAACGCUGUGAUCAACAAACAGAUCAGCCCCACCCUCAUGAAUGUUACUAGGAAUUUCCCUGCUAUAACCUGGAGAAACCAAAUAACUUAGGCGAGGCGGUGAUGUUGUGGAUUACGUUGUUCCUCUACCAAAACUCACCCUAGGACGUGUCAUGCCUACUUAAAUAUUAAUUUAGUAAAAAAAGAUCAACUAUAUUCACAAUGCAAAAUAAAAAAAUGCUGUCAAGAAAAAAAACUGUUAACAAUAACUGAUAAGACUUUUAAACAUCACCUCCAAAAAUAACACUCACUGUAAAAUAUGUACAAAAAACCUCACUUAUAUAUAUACUUAUACUUAUAUAUAUAUAAGUGAGGGUUUUUUCUGGAGCUAGUGGCUGCAGACUCUGUUGCUCUGUUGCUCUGCUUUGCUUCCCUCUGAUCUGAAGGAGGUGCUUCUUCUCUUUUACUUUUGGAUCAGAGACGCUUGGCCUAAUUGGACAUCGUCAUUCUGGGUUUGAGAGUGUCACGAGCAGUGAUUGGCCGUCCUGGAUGUUGGCGAUGCACUGGCGGAUGGAAGAACACACUUUCAUCAGAGGCAUUGAUGGAAGAACAGCGGGACCUAAACAGCCCGGACAGCAGCGAGGGAGAAAGCGGUUCCCCUCUGCAGGCCGGCCCACAGAACCACAGAACAACAAACUUCUUCAUUGACAACAUUUUACGGCCGGAUUUCGGAUGCAAGAGGGAAUUCGAUCUGAGUCCGAGAGAGAAGGCACAGAGCUCUGGUCUGGAGCGGCUUCACCCGGUUCUUGGUAGACCGUUUUCCAGGACACCGGGCCUGGACUCCAGCUGCAGCAGCGACAGCACCGUUUCUGGGGCCAGUACCACGAAGUGCAGCAGCGAGAGACUGACAGCCACCGCGGGCUCUGACGAGACCAGCGAAGGGUUAAAAUACGAGGAGAAGGACGAGGAACAUUCUGCCUCCUCGCUGGUGGUGAUGAACGGGACCGGAACCGGGACCGGGACCCCCGCACCGGAGGGCCAGGCCCUGCUCUGGCCCGCUUGGGUCUACUGUACCCGGUACUCUGACAGGCCUUCUUCUGCAGGCCCAAGGACGCGGAAAUUGAAAAAAUGUAAAAGCUGCAAAGAAGACAAGCGGCCGCGCACGGCCUUCACUGCAGAGCAGCUCCAGAGGCUGAAGACCGAGUUCCAGGUGAGCCGCUACAUCACGGAGCAGCGGCGGCUGUCUUUGGCCCGGGAGCUGAACAUCAACGAGUCUCAGAUCAAAAUCUGGUUUCAGAACAAAAGGGCCAAGAUUAAAAAGGCCAGUGGCUUUAAGAACGGGUUGGCGCUGCAGCUGAUGGCCCAGGGACUCUACAACCAUUCAACCACAACUACACAGCAGGACAAAGAGGACAGCGACUGAGAGCUGAGCUGGACCCGAACACCGCAUCCCGGGUCGGUGGGAGGGUCCAAGUGUUGGCUGCAGAGUGAAACCAGCUACUCGUCCAGUUCAGUUACUUUUCUCAACUGGACCGAUAAAGAGGAAACAAAAGACUACCAAAGAUUUUCAACGGAAAGCUGAACGAUCAAUCAAAGUUGGAUAUUCAACUUCAGGUUCUGCCGAAACCAGGACAAUAAUACGACCACUAGUACUACUGCUAGUACUACCACUAGUACUACUACUGCUCCUCAAAUUGUCCACCACGGAGCAACAACAGAGGAUGUUUGGAAAAUUUAGACUCACAUUCCUUCAGCUAGGAGCCGCGGGUCUCCAGAUGUGAAGUUUGUCUGCUGCGCUUCGCCACACAGUUCUGAUUGUUGGUAAAUGAAAAAACGUAAAGUUCUGAUUAGCCCAACAAAUUUCUUCCAAGUGUAAAUGCAACGAUGAACUGCUGAAUAAAUAAGCUAAAAGAACGUCAUUAGUCCUGAGUUGUGUUGCUCUUCAAUGCUACGAGACAUUUCAGUUUUUGUAGGGCAGCAAGAGUCUCGAUAAAUACGGUCAAAUGUUCCGUAAAUGUUGUUCGUAAGCACAAAUAUUACGAAUUAAAUAAAAAAUGUAGAAAAUGUCAUGUUUAUACGGUUUGUAAUUAAAUAUUUUUAAUAUU